UGCAGAUACACAAACCUACAACCAGCUGGAUCCGCAUAGAUCGUCAUGCACAACUCCAAUACUGUUCUCUAUCUCAGCCUAUGCCUGUAGAGCAUGGUGAACCAACUCGACCGGCCACCACCACGCGGGAUACAUCCGCCCGCUUCACCGGGCCAAAAGUAUGGAGUAACUUUCCAAGCUGGAAGGCCUUUUCCCCUCCGUUGCCCCACCGAGGGGCACUGAGGGUGAGACCGUGAGGGGUGGGGGGUUCAGGAGCUCAGUCAACCGGGGUUGAUUCUCCAACCUACAGUACAAAAACAAUCCGACCACCCUGCUUGUUCCCGGGGGCUUCUUCACUGCCCAACUCUCUCCUCCAACCUCACUACUCAUCUCCUCCGCAACCUCUCAAAAAACAAAACCCCCCACACACAAUCCGCCAAAAUGGUCUACACCAUCGUUGUUCACAUGCGCGCCAAGCCCGACGAGGAGAGCAUCAACAAGCUGCACGCCAAGCUCCUCGAGGCCUCGGCCGUCUACUCCAAGGACAAGGAGACCCUCUCCUGGUUCGUGAUGCAGAGCGUCCACGACAAGCAGGACUUCUGCAUCGUCGAGCGCUACCUCAACGAGGGCUCCCAGAAGUACCACCUCGAGAACCCCUACUGGAAGACCUUCGACCCCUACGUCAUCCCCUUGCUCGAGAAGGAGAUGGAUCUCCGCCGGUUCGAGGAGCUGGUGCCCGGCGAGGAGCAGAAGCAGUAGAUUUGGGGGAUCAAAGAUGGGUUUCCGGUGGCGAAACCCACUGUCUUGUGCAUAUGACGCAGUUUUGGGGAGAAUUUCAUUGCACCGGACCCUCUGGAGGGAUUCUCGGGUGCGGAGAUAUGUGUUUCUACUGAAUGUGUGUGCAAUAGUUGCGUUGUUGGGGGCAUUCGGAUACACGUAGUCAAUUGCAUGCAUCUGCAAUCACUACAUGUUGGAUUAUACCAUUUGAAUUUAGUUUAAGCAUAUUUCAUCGGUAAGUAUUUGAAAUUAAUGACUGAACCGUGAUUUGAUUUGCGAUGAGGGUCGCACACAAAGCUGUACCUAUAGCAUUCCCGCGGGGCUGCAGUGUCGGACAGCUUACCGCCUUCCUGAAAUGUACGAACUUGCGACCGACCUUAUAGUAACUACUGUAACGCGGCGGUGAGAUGAAGGGC